CCGGCUAGAGUCUGCGCAGUAGGAGCGGAUUAGCGCAGACAUGACCUGUCGUUCCACUGAAAUGAAGAGAAGCGCUUAGUUUUCCUUUCAUAUUUAAAGUUUUCUUGCAGGUAAUGUGUUCAGUCUUCUGAGUAAUACCUCAUUACUUGAAUCCCUUACGAUCUCCAGUUGGUUAGUAACCGAUAGUAACGUUUACACAUUCAUUUGUUGCCUAUUCGCUUUUAUCGAUAGCACUUCCGUGUAGAAAACCAACCAUGGCUGGUCCUGAAGAAGACCAGAAAUUCUGCUUACAGGAGGUGCUAGAUACUUUCAAGUUGUGUUUGUCGGAGAAUAAAGAAGUCUAUCUUGAACACUACGUGGCUGGGUGGCGUGGUCUUGUAAAGUUCCUGAACAGCUUGGGGAGUGUGUUUGGCUUCAUUUCCAAGGAUGCCGUCAACAAGAUUAAUAUCCUUGUGACUUACAUGAAUGGUGAGAAUGGGCCUCAGUAUGUCACUAUCCAGUCAAUGCUCAAAUAUGAGCUUGAGAACGACCUGGUGGACUUGACCAAGAGAGGCAGCAACGCAGAGUCCGGCUGCCGCACUCUCCUGAGGCUCCACCGUGCACUGAGGUGGCUGGAGCUCUUCCUGGACCGCCUCCGCACCAGCAGUGAGGACGGCAAGACUUCAGUCAUGUGUUCAGAGUCCUACAAUGAGUCUCUUUCCCAGCAUCACCCUUGGCUGGUCCGCAAGGCUGCAGGCAUGGCCUUCUGUGUGCUCCCAGGGCGUCUUGCUUUCUUUGAAGUGAUGAACGUAGGCCCUCCGGAGCAGGUCGUGGACAAGCUAGGGGAAGCUAUACCCCUUAUCUCUGAGGUGUACCAGAUCACAGAGGACCUUUAUGCCAAACAAAACCUGCUUGACUUACCAUAGACAGCUAAAAGUCUAUGCCACUUCAUGCAUUACAUGAUUAGAUAUGAAGGGCUGUCAACCUAGCCGCUGCUUGUGUUUGAUGAUUAAAGGGUUGUUCUCUGUACAUUAAGCAUAAUUAUACUGACACUAAUCUGUACCAGUGUUUUUUCUUUCAAAUUUAAGCUGGGUUUCAAAUUGCAUACUUUUUAUACUUUUAUUACGUACUGCUGCUGCCCUUACAAAGUACAUACUGUUGCAUGUGGUAUGCAUACAAAUGGGACAUACCACUUUGAACUUGGAGCCUCUUGCUCACAUAUGAGGCAGAAAAGCAUGCUGGCUUGCAUACUGCAAAAUGCGACUGGAUGCAGUAGGACAUUCUGGUAUUUUUCCGCAUUCUGCAUUUGAACUACUAUGUAUUAUGGUAUACUAAAUUAUAUGGUAGUAAGGGUAUUUGAAUGCACCCCUACAAUCUCAAAAAUCUCUGUUUUGUACAAUUUGAUGGCACCCAGGUGUGUUUUUGGAUCGCCUGUGUGAUUUGCACUUAUUUUUGAAGUUAAAUAUUCUCUUCUUUUCUUUGUUUGUUCUACCAUAGUAACCAUUUACUGGUGGCACUAGCAGAGACUGAAAAAAACAGUGCGUUUCUUGCUUCAGGCACAAGUGAACUGUGCGCCCCAUGUGAUUUUUCCUGGGAAUGUCGCCACAGACACCCAGUUUGUAAUAUUACAAGUGCAAGGGAUUUCAUUAGUGGACCGUAUAAUCGGCUCAGUUAUCAUUGUGUUACCUCAUUCUGCGAUAUAUAAUGACUCUACAGACAUUUAAUUAAAUUAAAAUAUUCAAGAUUAUGAUAUGAUAUGAAACUACUGUUGUGUGUUUAUCUUUACUCUUUAUAAUGGAUCACUUUUUAAAACCACCUUUGCUCACAGAUGUAUUCAUUUUUCAUUUAAGUAGAAGAGGAUAACAGUGGGGCUAAGAAGUCUUUGCUCACUGCAGCAACAGCAGUUUGCUUUAAUAAUUUAGAAAAUUAAUUUGCAACUGUGUUGGCAAUCAAUUAAUCAUUGAAGUAAUUUUUUUACCAAAUAUUUGAUGGUUUUAGGUACUGAAAUGUCAGCAACUAACCAGCAAAUCAAUAAUGGUAGUCGAUAAUGAAAACAAUUGUUAGUUUUAGCUCUAUUUAGAACUGAUACCAAUCAUGGUUUUAUGCAAUUGAGAAAUGUUUGUAUAAAUUAAACCAUAAUAGGGCCAUUGGAUCAAGUUUGAUGUAUUCAUAUCAAAUGGCUUUCAAAAAUGGACAUAUUUAUCUAAUACUAGAUUAUCUUAUGUACAAGAUAUUCCAUAAAUGACUGUGGUCUUGUAAAAAACAAAAAUCAUAUAAAAGACCACGGGCAGCCUUAAUGGUAGGGUAGCAGUGACAGAAAUGUCUAAACAUGCCAACAGUAUUAAAUUUAUGUGAGAGAUAAAAAGCAAAACAUACUCAACAUUACUAGAUGGAAGUGAUGGUAAAACAUGCCAAAGACUUUGACGGCCAAACCACACAGUAUGACAAGAGGGAAAAAAAUCUGUAACCAAACUUUAAGAAAUUAUUUUUGGUACCUUAUAAAACAUACGAUUUUAGCAGCGAACUCAGGCUUGUUGACCUCACUGUAUUUUUGGUGUAUUGUUUUACAAGAAUGUACUGUACUGUAUGUAUAUUACCAUUACUUUAAACAAUGUGUAAACAGUGUAGCUCAAUGGAAAUGCAUACUUUGUUGAUGAUUGUGAUAUGUGUCAUGUUAAAGUUGAUGAUUAAUUAUUUAAUCAUUUUGUUACCUGUUGUCAAGUAAAUUAGUAAAUUAAAUGACGACAUAAGUUAA